AUGUCUUCCUUUGGGUCUGACUUUCUUGCAAGACAUGUAGUAAAAGAUAUACAUACAAAUAAGCGCUAUUGGAAUACUGGGAUUCCUCAUGGCACAGCAGAUGUGGUUGUUUUUGAAUCUAAAGCACUUUGUGAACAAGAUGCAGUAAAAUUAGUCUUUGAGUUAAAGAAGAUUAAUAAAUGA